UGUCAAUCCAAUUGGGGUGGGAGAGGAUUUGGAGGAUCGUCCUGUAUGAAACCUCUCCAUGGAUCCACGCAAAGUUUUAUUGCCCAUGACAACUUUGAUGAUGAUGAUCGCGGGAUCAUUGGUGUCGGCCCAACAAACGCCCAGGAGGUUGUCCGACUCCAAGUUUGCCAAGAAUUAUCAGGUCAGCUGGGGGAGUAGCAACACCAGGCUGAUGAAUCGAGGAUCACAGCUCCAGCUCCUUCUCACCAACAACACGGGAGGCUCGGGAUUUGCUUCCAAAAACAAGUAUCUCUUUGGGUAUGUGAGCAUGAGAAUCAAGCUCGUCGCCAAUGAAUCCGCCGGGACGGUGACAACGUUCUAUAUGUCUUCACAGAUGCCAUCCAAAGACCACGAUGAGAUUGACUUUGAGUUCUUGGGAAACACCAGCGGGCAACCUUACAUUGUCCACACCAACAUCUUUGCAAACGGAACAGGUGAUCGAGAGCAGCAGAUCUAUCUCUGGUUUGAUCCCACUGCCGACUUUCAUACGUACUCAAUCCUCUGGAACCGUCGGCAAAUUAUACUCUACGUGGACGACGUGCCAAUCCGCGUGUUUGCCAACAAGAUGGCGGAGCUUGGCGUUCCAUUUCCACUCACGAAACCAAUGGCUGUUUACGCCAGCCUGUGGAAUGGGGACGAUUGGGCGACUCGUGGAGGAUUAGAGAAGAUCAAGUGGAACAAAUCCCCGUUUGUGGCAUCUUUUCGGGGGUUUGGGAUCGAUGCUUGCAAGUGGUCGUCGAGUUCUCCAAGAUCUUGCACUAAGACAAGGAGGCCUCCAAAGUGGUGGGAAAGCUCGAUGUUUUUGGUUAAGGAUGAGGAUACCACGCACAAGCUUCAAUGGGUCAAAGACAAUUGGAUGAUAUAUGAUUAUUGCAAGGACUUCAAGAGGUUUUUGAGGCUACCACCAGAAUGUUGACAAACAGCUACUUUAGCAAUUAUUCUUUCCAUGUUUUUCUGACAAAUUAAAAUAACUACUAGUUGUUUGUCUUCA